AUGCAGGAUGAAGAUGGAUACAUCACCUUAAAUGUUAAAACUCGAAAACCAGUUCUCAGCUCAGUUGACUCUGCUUCCUCCUCCUGGUGGCCUGUGAUAGCAUUGAUUCUGCUGAUCCUAUGCAUGGGAAUGGUUGUUGGACUGACUGCUCUAGGGAUUAUGUCUGUAACACAGCAAAAUUACCUACAAGUUGAGAAUGAAAAUCUCUCAGGAAUGCUUCAUCAAUUAGCAAAGCGCUUCUGCCAAUAUUUAAUAAAACAAUCAGAACAAAAGAACAAUUUCGGUAACCAUAAAUGCAGCCCCUGUGACACAAACUGGAGAUAUUAUGGAGAUAGUUGCUAUGGAUUCUUCAAGCGCAACUUGACAUGGGAAGAGAGUAAGCAGUUCUGCACUGGCAUGAAUGCUACUCUCCUGAAGAUUGCCGACCAGAACAUUCUGGAAUACAUCAAAACCAGAACUAGUUUAAUUCGUUGGGUUGGAUUAUCCCGCCAAAACUCUAAUGAGGUCUGGAUGUGGGAAGAUGGCUCAGUUCUCUCCAAAAAUAUGUUUGAAUUUUCUGGAGAUGGAAGAGAAAAUAUGAAUUGUGCUUAUUUUUAUAAUGGAAAAAUCCACCCCACCUCCUGUAAGGACAAACAUUUUUUAAUGUGUGAGAGGAAGGCUGGCAUGACAAAGGUGGACCAACUACUUUAACACAAAGAGAUGAGCAGGAUAUCACAGAAAAGAGCUUGAUUGUACAAUAAAAGAUCUAGAUGAA